CCUGCUCCUAAACCACCUCGUCCAAAAGAGCCCAACCAGGUGCCACCACCUCCACAAACGUCUCCUCCUACAUCUAAACCUUCACCACAGACAAGUAGUCCUUCUGGUCCUGUUACGAAACCACCUCCACCUAAUAGUCAACGACGACCACCACGUAAACCAGCAAAAGAUUCUAUAGAUAUCAUUGAGAGGUUGAAGGCAAUUUGUACUGAUGCUGAUCCAACGAAAUUAUAUAGAAACUUGGUUAAAAUCGGUCAAGGUGCUUCUGGUGGUGUUUUUACUGCUUAUCAAGUAGGAACAAACGUUUCAGUUGCCAUUAAACAAAUGAACCUCGAACAACAACCAAAGAAAGACCUCAUCAUAAAUGAAAUAUUGGUGAUGAAAGAAUCAAGGCAUCGUAAUAUUGUAAAUUACAUUGAUAGUUUCCUUUGGAAAGGUGAUCUAUGGGUAGUUAUGGAAUAUAUGGAAGGUGGUAGUCUGACUGAUGUUGUGACCAGUAAUAUAAUGACAGAAGGUCAAAUUGCAGCUGUAUGUAGAGAGACUUUGGAAGGUUUAUCACAUUUACAUUCAAAGGGUGUAAUUCACAGAGAUAUUAAGAGUGAUAAUGUUUUGUUAGCAUUAAACGGCGAUAUUAAACUUACCGAUUUCGGGUUCUGUGCUCAAAUCAACGAGCAUCACAAUAAACGCACAACAAUGGUUGGUACACCAUAUUGGAUGGCUCCUGAAGUAGUGACGCGUAAAGAAUAUGGUCCAAAAGUUGAUAUAUGGUCAUUAGGAAUUAUGGCUAUUGAAAUGGUUGAGGGUGAACCACCGUAUUUGAACGAGAAUCCUUUAAGGGCCCUAUAUCUUAUUGCAACAAAUGGCACACCUCAAUUGCAAAAUCCUGAAAGUUUAUCGCAAGUCUUUCGAGACUUUUUAAAUCAAUCAUUGGAGGUUGAUUCGGAUAGGAGACCAACUGCAGUUGAACUUCUUAAGCACAAAUUUUUACAAAAAUCUGAGCCUCUCAAAUCGCUUGCUCCGCUGAUUAAAUCAGCAAGGGAAAAUGCAAAGAAGGGCUAA